AUGCCAUCCAAAAGUGAGAUUACAGAGUUUCAAAUGCCGGGCGCUGUCGAAAUCAUCUCAACCCGGCCGCAAAAGUUGAUUGAGAUCGUGGAGCCGGACCCAACAUGGCCGGAGUCGUUUGCGAUUAUUGCACGCCGGAUUGCCGAUGCCCUUGGUAAUCGACUUCUCUCAAUCGAGCACGUUGGGUCAACCAGUGUACCAGGGUUACCAGCCAAAGCGGUCAUCGAUGUUGACGUACUCGUAGCUGACCCCACGGCGGAAGACUCCUACGUGCCAGCCCUUGAGGCUGCGGGUUUUCAGUUCUUGCUUCGCGAGCCUGGCUGGUAUGAGCAUCGCCUCUUCGGUUUCAACGAACCAUACGCGAAUAUCCAUGUAUUUGGUCCGAACAGCGCGGAACACGUUCGUCAUCGACUGUUCCGUGACUGGUUGCGCAACCAUGAGGACGAUCGCCAAAGGUAUGUCGAUACCAAACGGCAGGCCGCUGCCGCUAGUCGAUUGGCGGGGGAGACCGUGAACGAGUAUUCCGACCGCAAGCAAUCUGUGAUCCAUGAAAUCCUCCAGAAAGCUUUCAAGGAGCACGGGUACCUGAAUGAGCAAAACUCCGACAAGUAA